GUCUCAGUGAAGCACAAAAUGGAGGAUGAAGAAGUAUCUGUCUUUCCCCACCAGUAGCUGAAGUUCGUCCAGUUUGUUGCUGAGUGAGCGGACGUUGGAGAGAAAUAUGCCCGUCAGCGGUGAGCGAAAUCCACGUGUGCAAAGACGCACGAGCGCGCCGGCCCGUUGGCCUCUCCUACGGUGCUUCACUGCAUGAGAUAAGCCGGCAGAGACACUUGGGGACGGAGGGACCUACCAUGAUAAGGGCUGUGGACAUUGCGCUGACUGUGCUGCUCGCCGCGUCCCUGUCGUGCCGGAGCGCCCUCGGCGGCUACGGGGUGAGCCUGUUCGCGGCGCAGACCUCUCCCCCGGACCCUUGCUACGACGAGCACGGCAACCCGCGGCGCUGCAUCCCGGACUUCGUCAACUCCGCCUUCGGCAAGGAGGUGAAGGUGUCCAGCACCUGCGGCAAGGCGCCCGGUCGCUACUGCGUGGUGACGGCGGCGGAGAAAGGAGACGAGAGGACGAGGAACUGUCACACCUGCGACGCCUCAGACCCCAGGAAGUACCAUCCGCCGGCGUACCUGACGGACCUCAACAACCCGCACAACCUCACCUGCUGGCAGUCGGAGAACUUCGUCCAGUACCCGCAGAACGUCACGCUGACUCUGUCGCUCGGCAAGAAGUUCGAGGUCACCUACGUGAGCCUGCAGUUCUGCUCGCCGCGGCCCGAAUCCAUGGUCAUCUACAAGUCCAUGGACUACGGUAAAACCUGGGUGCCCUUUCAGUUCUACUCGACGCAGUGCAGGAAGAUGUACAACAAGCCGAACAGGGCCAUGAUCACGAAGCAGAACGAGCAGGAGGCGGUCUGCACGGACUCGCACACCGAUAUGUACCCGCUGACCGGCGGGCUCAUCGCCUUCAGCACGCUGGACGGCAGGCCGUCGGCGCACGACUUCGACAACUCCCCGGUGCUGCAGGACUGGGUGACGGCCACCGACAUCAAAGUCAUCUUCAGCCGGCUGCACACGUUCGGCGACGAGAACGAGGACGACUCGGAGCUGGCGAGGGACUCGUACUUCUACGCCGUGUCGGACCUGCAGGUCGGCGGGAGGUGCAAAUGUAACGGGCACGCGUCCCGGUGCGUAAAGGACCGGGACGGGAGUCUGGUGUGCGAGUGCAAGCACAACACCGCCGGGCCGGAGUGCGACAGGUGCAAGCCUUUCCACUACGACAGACCGUGGCAGAGAGCCACGGCCAGGGAGGCCAACGAGUGCGUCGCCUGCAACUGUAACCUCCACGCCCGGAGGUGCCGCUUCAACAUGGAACUGUACAAGCUGUCGGGGAGGAAGAGCGGAGGGGUCUGCCUCAACUGUCGCCACAACACCGCGGGGCGCCACUGCCACUACUGCAAGGAGGGCUACUACCGAGACCUGUCCAAACCCAUCUCACACAGGAAAGCCUGCAAAGCAUGUGAUUGCCAUCCCGUGGGCGCUGCUGGCAAAACCUGUAACCAAACCACAGGACAAUGUCCCUGUAAAGACGGCGUGACCGGUAUCACGUGCAACCGCUGCGCUAAAGGCUACCAGCAGAGCCGCUCACCCAUUGCCCCCUGCAUAAUAGAGAUUCCAGUUGCACCUCCUACAACCCCAUCCAGCAGCACAGAGGAGCCAUCAGACUGUGACUCUUACUGCAAAGCGUCUAAAGGCAAACUGAAGAUCAACAUGAAGAAGUACUGCAAGAAAGAUUACGCUGUCCAGGUGCACAUCCUGAAGGCGGACAAGGACGGCGAGUGGUGGAAGUUCACCGUCAACAUCAUCUCCGUCUACAAGCAGGGCGAGAGCCGCAUCCGCCGCGGCGACCAGUUCCUGUGGGUCCGGGCCAAGGACGUGGCCUGCAAGUGUCCCAAGAUCAAGCCCGGGAAGAAGUACCUGCUGCUGGGGAACGACGAGGACUCCCCCGGCCAGAGCGGAGUGGUGGCGGACAAAGGCAGCCUGGUUAUCCAGUGGAGGGACACGUGGGCACGCAGGCUCAGGAAGUUCCAGCAGCGCGAGAAGAAAGGCAAGUGCAAGAAGCCAUAAGCGGGAAAAAAAGAUGGAGAAGAUGCCGGAGAGGGAGAGGAAUUCAAGAGAAAAGCUGAGCGGGUGAUUAAAAAAAUGAUAAAAAUAAAAAAAAAAAGAGAGGCAGACGGAGGACCGAGGACAGACAAAAGACUGUUUAUGUCGCUGCUUUUUUCGUGUAGAAGCAUGAAGAGAAUUAUUUAGGAUGAUUUGUUUUUUUCUAGUGGACUUUUGCUGAAGGAGCUCACCUCGCAGAUUUGGCUUCAUGGUUUAUUUUACUUUGCCGAAUUUGCACCUAUUACCAGCAUAUAAAGUCAUUUGUGUUUGUUUUCCCUUUUUUUUUUAUCUCAGUAUGAAACCAUUAUAUUUUAUGUUUAAAUUUGUAUGGACAUUUCCUGCUGGUGCAAAAAUGAAAAAAAAAAAAACGCCACUUAAUAAUUACCACUGCAACUUUCUGCCUCUGCAUGGUUUUCUUGUUGUAUUCUUAGCGAAGAAGCGAGCUUGUUUCAUCAAAAGUCUUCACUGAUCUGAUUGAGGGGUAAUAAUAUUUCUCUGUUAAGAAUUGUGUCAUAAAAAAAACAAACUGUUUGUAAAGCCACAGAAAUGCAUUAUACAUUAGAUUCCCUUUCUCCCCGUUGUACAAAUUGAGGUACGUCUGCAACUCAAGAAACAAGAAAUCUGUAGUCCAAUUUUUUUUUUUUUUUGCUGUCAGUACUUUUACAAAUUCAGAACGUGCAAGUGACCGAAGAGGAACAAGGAUAAAACACAGUAUCGGCAUAUUUUUACUCCCCCCGUUGCCCCCUUCACAUUUCACUGGUUACAUGUUGGUGGUUCAGUAUUUGUACAAACCUGCAUGUGAAUGCAUCUCUUUUGAGACUGUAAUGUUCAAUUCACUACUUGGUGCUUUUACAUAAUGACCAGAGAUAUUCACAAAAUCAGGAGUUGUUCUUGGGUAAAAUAUUUUUUUUGUUUGUUUUAACUCAUUACAUGCGUUUAGUGACAAUAGGGACACAGUUUCCACAAUGUAGUUCAUUGUGCAAAGUGAAUGCAACAUUACAGUUGUGCCGAUGAAAGCGCUGCAUGUUGUCGGAUUAUACUGGGUAAAAUCUCAGAUUGAACUCGAUCGAUGCAGGAAGUAGAAAGCAAUGAGAACGGGCAUAAAGAAAGGAGAACAAUGCCCUUACCUCAUGCAGUGCAGACAUUAAUCCUAGGAAAAUAAAAACUGAAGUGCAAACUGCACCUUGGAAAAAAAAAGAAAAAGAAAAGUGAUCAACAAUUCUGGAUUCUGGAUUCUGAGUGCGGAUGAAAACCUUUACAGUCCAACACUCUCCUUUGCAAACACAAUGCACGACUGUACAUUCACUGUGCGACCAGUCAGACGCCGCAGUCUCCCAUUGGCCUGUCACUUUAAAUUCUCUUCACUUCGACACUUGCACAGGGAGGAACGGGGUGAAUUGCAAUCACUUGACGCCGCUUGAUUUCGAGCCACAUCGCUCGUGUGUGCAGUUGGGUUUGGAUCCCUCUGAGGAAUGCGUGGGUAAAAAAAACAGUGUGUCUGAAGUAUCAUAAACUGGAUUUCCUUUCAGUCCAUCCCAAAACAAAAUUGAGCAACAUUUUUUUAAUGUUGCCCAAAGUGUUUGUUGGAUCAGAAAAUCACAUUUAGCACCUUUUAAUCUGUUCCAAAGUAACUGUAAAAAAAAA